AUGGUAUUGAAAGCCAUUCGAGGGAGCAGGGUGGAAGCAGAGCAGAAGGGGAUAAAAUCAAAGCCAGUGUUUUGGGAAGACAAAGAGGAGAAAAUGGGAGAGGAAAGGGAAUACAAGUAUGGGUUCUUUCCGUCGGAGCUUCAGGCUCCCAAUCACAGAUUCCGGACAAGCGGAGAUUAUGUGGAAAAGAGCAUUCAUGGCAUUGUUGAUGCCGGUGAGGAUGGUGUUGUUGUUGUUGUGGAGCAUGAGUUUGACUGGGAAAUGGCUUCUCCACCAUGCCAUUGCCCAAGAGAGCAAGUUCUGCAAGCCUGGUUUAAGCGUCGGAUCUUUACUCCUAUUAGAAGUACUUUGCUCUACUUCAAAAUGGUCAUCCUUUACAAUAUCUUCACGCAGGUGGAUAAACAUCGUGAAUAUCCUUUAUGGGAAGCAAUUGGUUAUACUAUAGACAAAGUUGAGAAUGUUCCAAAACCUUUUCAAAACGGAAUAAUCGAGACAUUCUAUGUAAAAGACUCCACUCAACUCGCGCUUCACCAACAAAUAAAGGCCUUCAUGUAUCAGAAGAUCCCCGGUAAAAUGUCCUCAAGAUCAAAUGCGACGCUGUGGAAGUCGACUCUGGAUGCGGAGGUAGUGUCGCGGCUGCGAUGCUUGCCAGUUCGGGAAGGCCCUUCAUUGGAGAAUCUAUAUGAAUCAGGCGGAAGCCAUCCGAGUGUCGAUGGGAAGAUACUAAUUCUUGCAGGCUCCAAAGUAGGUGGUGGCUGCGCCGUUAUUUGGUCAGCUUGUAUAAGAACACCGGCAACGUUGCGUCGGGACUGGGCCGAGGAGUGUAAACUCCAGAUUUUUGCCAGCAAGGAGUAUGUUUCGACCAUGGAUAUUGUUUGGAAGAGGCUCGGUGUCAUGGAAGGUUGUAAAAUGGAAAGCUUGCGGAAUCAAGUUCUCCGUAAAGGGUGUCGAAAUCUCGGGCUCGAUGUCGAAAACGUGCCUCGAAACUCUUUCGAUGGUCAUUAUUGUGGAUCUUUUCGGUACGGUUGUAGAAGAGGGGAUAAGAAAGGGAGUGAGAGAACAUGUCUGGUCGAUGAUAUUAAAAAUGGCUCAGUCAUUUUAACAGCCUGCAAAGCAGAGAGGUUAGUGUUGGAACAGAACAGGACAAGUAUAAUCAUAUCACUCAGUAGUAAUCCGUUUCAUUUUUAA